GAGACCGUAAGUUCUCAGGAAGUAGAAUCUUUAUUAUCAUCAUCUUUACUUCACUGUCUUCUGCUUUAAUCUUGCAAUACUCUUAAUACCCAUUUCAUUCACGUACUUUUUCACAAAACCAAUCUCCCAAAAACAUCAAUCAAAAUGUCUGCUACAAACGGAUCAAACGGAGCCACCAAUGGCACUAAGGAGAAGGUUGAUUACACCAAGGUCCCAGGUCCUCUCGGUCUUGAGAGCGCCAGCUUGAAGGGCAAAGUUGCUUUGGUUACCGGAUCAGGUCGUGGUAUCGGUGCCGAAAUGGCCUGUGAGCUCGGUCGUCGCGGCGCAAAAGUCAUUGUAAACUACGCCAACUCCGAUGCCGCUGCCCAAGAGGUCGUCAACACUAUCAAGAAGGCCGGUUCCGAGGCAGUUGCCCUACAAGGAAAUGUUUCCGUCGUCUCUGAUAUCAUCAACCUCUUUGCUCAAGCCAAGAAGCAAUGGGGUAAGCUCGACAUUGUUUGCUCCAACUCUGGUGUCGUUACCUUCGGACAUAUCAAGGAUGUUACUGAGGAGGAAUACGACCGUGUUAUGAACAUCAACACCAGAGGUCAAUUCUUCGUUGCCAGAGAGGCUUACAAGAAUUUGGAAGUUGGAGGUCGUUUGAUCAUGAUGGGAUCCAUCACUGGUCAAGCUAAGGGUGUUCCUCAACACACUGUCUACUCUGGUUCCAAGGGUGCUAUUGAGACUUUCGUCCGCUGCAUGGCUAUCGACUUCGGUGACAAGAAGAUCACCGUCAACUGCAUUGCUCCAGGUGGAAUCCGUACCGACAUGUACCACAAAGUUUGCCGUGAAUACAUUCCCAACGGCGCCAACCUCAACGACGAGGAAGUCGAUGAGUAUGCCGCUACCUGGUCGCCGCUCCACAGAGUCGGUCUCCCCAUCGAUAUUGCCAGAGUUGUUUGCUUCUUGGCGAGUCAAGAUGGUGAAUGGGUUAACGGAAAGGUCAUUGGUAUCGAUGGUGCGGCUAUGAUGUAAUGGGUGAUUGGAUGAACUUUUGGGGGAGUUUCUUGAGAUACUUUGAAGCGUUUAACUAUAGUUAAUAGAUAUGGAAAAUGGAAAAUAGAACCUUUAUACCUUUUUAAA